UGCUCUUUGAUUUCCUUUACAAUCUCUCUUUAAUGGCGACAGGCAAAAAUGGUGAAACAGCUAUCAACAUGCCAGAGACAAAAGCCAGUGUUAAGGGAACAGCCCCAUUGUUAAACUCCUCGAAAGCUGUCUCCACGGUCGAACACCCGAACCGAGGAGUGAAAAAAGGGUUCGCCAUCGGCGACUUCGUUUUGAGACUAUGCGCCCUUGGAGCCGCCCUUGGCGCCACCGUAGCAAUGGGGAAUGCUGAUCAAGUUCUUCCUUUUUUCACUCAGUUCCUCCAAUUCGAAGCUCAGUACGAUGAUUUCGAUACUUUCCGGUUUUUCGUGAUGGCAAUGGGCAUGGUUUCUGGUUAUCUUUUCAUUUCAUUGCCUUUCUCCAUAAUUGGCAUCAUUCGUCCAUUUGCAACAAAGCCAAGGCUCUUCCUUGUCAUCUUUGAUUCAAUGAUGGCAGCUUUAACCAUAGCCGCAGGUUCAGCAUCUGCAUCGAUGGUGUAUUUGGCUCAUAACGGGAACGAUGACGUGAAUUGGCUUCCUUUUUGUCAACAAUUUGGUGAUUUUUGCCAAAGUGCAAGUGGAGCAGUGAUAGGUUCUCUAUUAGCUGCUGCACUCCUCUUGGUUAUAAUUAUCCUUUCAGCUUUUGCUCUUAAACGAAACUAAGAAAAUCUCACCCCAAAAAUUAAAAGAAAAAGCUUUUGUUGUUGUUGUUUUCAUUAUUGGAGGUUAGUUUUCAUUGAUUUACGAAGUGUGUGUGUGUUGUGGAACAAAGCAUUUGAAUGAUUUCAUUUGCUUUUUGGUGUGGAAUUUUAAUGUCAAAUGUUAUACACUUUUAACAAUAUGUAAAAUCAUUUUAUACAUGUAAAUGUUUGAUUCAUUAGUGUUACAA